CUGUUAUACAGAUAGCUAGAAUCUCAGCUGCCAUAAAGCAUGUCGGGAUUGACAGGGAGAGGCCAUGUCGGAAACACCGGGGCGGGUUCCCCUAUAGUAGGCCGAGAGCACAGACAGUUAUGGCAUCACACACAAACCGCUUUAGUCUCAGCACAGACUGGGUAAUCGGAAAAUAUUAUUUCUGUUGAGUGGAACAGCCAUCCGGAAGCUUCUGGAAACAAUUUAGCCUUUUCUUCCAUGGACAGAUUCCGGCCCAGGGUUAAAAUAAUACAGAAACGAGCCGGGGAAUAAGGGGAAACUGUAGGGAUUCAUCGGAGCAGACAAGAGAGAGACUUUAGUACAGUAACCGAGCACUGCAAUGAUAUCUAAGGGCUCCCCCAAGAUAGAUAAAAGCAGAGGAAAACAAAAACAUCAGGCAGUAAUGUCACUGGGGCCCCUGCAGAAGGGAGUACAGGAGAAGCAGGUGCUGCCGAGGAGCCUGUAGGAGAGAGUCACCCGAGCGCUACAAGCAGCAGUUAGUCACCUUCACUGCCACUUAUCUGAUUCCUGAGUCCCACUGUUAAUUACUAGAGCCACAGCAAACAACCCGGCUACUUCUCUUUUCAUAUCAGUUGGGUUGAGGGAUGAGCCCAGCGCCAUGUGCUGUACAUGCAGAGACAUGCCCACAGCCAAUCAGGAGAGGGGAUGCAGGGAGUUACAGCUAAUCUACCUUAGAAGUACUACCAAGGAACGGAGAAUUAUUGAAUAGUUUUGCCCCUCAUUAGAUGCCAGGUUCUGUGCCACCUUCGGGAGAUGCAGCAGAGUGUAAGCUUGUGAGCAGGAUUCUGGUUUACUUUGUAACCCCCAUUAUAAAUGAAUGUAAAGUGCAGCCUAACUUGCUGGCAAUAUAUAAAUGAGGAGUGGCGACUGGAACAGACCCUGGUACCAUGGUAGGUGGGCAGCUUGUGUGGUUCUAGUUGGUUUGGCACAUACCACAUGGGUUCAUGUCCAGAGUCUAAAGGUGACCAUAGACUUAGAGAUCAGUUUGUUUGGCAAUGUCUCCAAACGAGCGGAUAGCUCCCCGAUAUGCCCACAUUGAAGUGGCCAAUAUCAGGCUGAUCCGAUCAUGGGCCCAACAAUCGGAUCAAUAGAGGCCAAACGGGCGGUCAGAUUGCGGGACCGCGUCAACGUAAAGAUGCGGCCGCUAUUAGACGGGAUUUUGUAACCUGCCCGAUCAGCAUCUGCCAGAAUUCAGGUGAGCUCUACACACGGGCCGAUAAGCUACCGACUUGGUCUGUCGGCAGCUUUUAAUCGGCCUGUGUAUGGGGGCUUUAAGGCUAAUGCCACAAGGGCUGUAUAUACAUGGGAGGUACCCAUGUGCCUUUAGCCUAAAGGGAUGGGGUCGCUACCUAUGCAUGGGUGCUCUCACCAGGCUGCACCUUAUAUACAAACCAAGGCCAUUCACUAGCUAGAGGCAACACAAAUAAAAUCUCAGAAACCCACCUCUAUUAGGGGGGCAAUAGAAUUGCAGCCUACUAAGUGCUGCUUAAAGGCGAAGUAAAUCCUGUUCUCCCCUUCAAAAUGCCAAGCAGAGUUAAGAGGCGUCACUUCUCCUUUAAGGACAGUUCCCACCUAUAAAUCUUAAGAGCAAUUUCACUGUGGGGGGGACAGAUAGUGCCCCCUUUAACAAGUCCCUGUAUGAAGCAGUUUGAUGAGGGGCCUUCCUGCAAUUAUGCCGGCGUCUGAACCGCAACUUCCAGAUAAGCCUCCUCAGUGAGGCACCGUCAGCAAGUCACAUACCCGCCAUUCCAUACAGGCUUGUGAUGUCAGACACAGAACCCGAUCCCCCAGCUCAUUCCUAUGCACUGGAGUCAGAAGGGUCCCAAGAGGGUCGGUAAUGGGCGUAGGAACCAGCACAAUCCUGUAUUGUGACACCGGCAGCCCUCAAACCUUCUGCCCUUUCCCUAAAGGAUAUAUUUAGCAGCAACGUAACCCAAUCUCCCCGCAACAAAGCCAAGUGUGUGCUCUGAACGUUGGGGCCCGGGGCCAGAAUUUAACCCCAUGUGCAGAGAAAGUGUUGCUGCGUCUGGGGACAAGUAUAGCACCAUUCCCCCCCAUUGUAUGUGGGAGUCAUCCUAUGAACCCAGAAUGAUUCCGGAAAGAAUAUCACAGGACCACGGGGAGCACUGGGCUAAGAUGGCACAAGCUGUACCUUCACACUUUAAUAAAGUCCAUCCCAUACUAACAUGUAAAGAUUGCAAGCUCCCGGGACAAAAAAAAAAAAGCAGAGGAGCUGCACAGAGCAGCUAGGAUGCCCGUCUGCUGUUCUACCCAUGCGAGAGGGAACACGCUGUACCUGCAUGGGUGGGGGUGAGGGGCUCCGGCUAUAUUUAGGGCCAGUGACACCCUGCAAGGCAGAGCUAAUAAGGUAAGAAGAGGAGGAUGGGGCAGAUAUACAGCCUCACUGGCCAGAAGACUAUCAGACCCAAUAGCAGGGCUAGUGUGGGCAGAAUCACGGGUACAGUUGGCACCCACUGUAAAGCCCUACAACCCCCCGCACCAGCCUCGCCACGUUAUUUAGGAAAGAGAUUGGACACUGGGCAGCCACUGCCAGACCCUCCACCCUGCACAGGGGGCGGCACAUCCCAAUAAAAUGUAGUUACAACCCGCCAGAUACUGCCAAUAGGAGAGAAGACAUCUGCCUGGCACACCAACCGGAUCUCCACACAGAACAGUAGCUCAUCUGUUCUCACUCAAGGGUCCCAGGAAUUGACAGACACCCCCACCACCAAACGGCCAGCACAUUAGGGGUUAACACGCAUGGCCCACAAUGUCUGCCACAUACAUGGAGGUCACUAGAUAAAGGGGAUGUGGGCUCUUAAAACGAUGUAGCUCACAAUUAGGAGGGAACAGCACUCACCCAGCAGCCCCUUCCUGCCAUGGACUGAACAAGCGUCAUUUUCCUCUGCCACCAACCCAGUUACAGGGAACCAAACGGAUACUGUAGUUCGUUCUCGAGAAAGGGGCACCCACAGAGUUAAGUCACGUUUGUCACUAACCAGUUAAUACUGAGCUCAGAACCAGAGUCCACUAACACUCUUCCACUAUAUAGACUCUCCUGCCUGGCACAGCACCACCAGCCAUAACUACGUACAACAUGCACUGGCACAGCAGCUGUAAGGCACCACCAGCCAUACCCAGUCUAAUAACUAUAGCCAGUCCAACAUGGCUGGUGCCCGGCAAGCCCACAGUGCUGUGGCAUGUGCCGCCAUAUAAAUGUCUCGGCUUCUUAUAGAAAAGGCUCAGGGCACAAUAGGAAAAGGUUGAGCAGAAGAGCUCUUUGGGGCAGAUCACAAGAACGCAAUUCACAUGCACAGACCAGGCAGCCAAUCUCCUGUCAAAUACUUUACUCAUGAUCAAGUGGACGGUACAAUCAACUCCCAGCACCCCAGUUACAACUCCUGAUACACCAGCAGCAUGCAAAGAAGUAGCGCCAUGUUCUAGCAGCCACCCAGGACCCUCACAGAGCCAAUAAGGACCCAGCCCUGGGACACAUCAUAGACGCUGGCAUUCCUAGAACAGAGAGGCCCCCCCAGCUAUACAGUGACUGAGCCCACUCACAAUCUGCUACAAACUGCCCCCUCCAGGGGAUAAAGCACAUGGCUCUGCCCCAGUGAAUUCCCCAAUUAUGGGAGAUAAAUUGCCUCCAGCGAUGGAGAAGAGUACUCCUCCAAUAAGGAGUGAGGAAAAGCAACAACUUUUUGCUGCUACUAAGGCAGAGAUGGAAAAGGAGAAAGGGGAUACCAUCACGGCCAAGAGAACGAUGGACAUCAGCGCUGAAAAGGAAAGUGGGAGAAAAAGGAAGAAAAAGGUGAAACAUCAGUGCAGUGACAACAUCAAGGAGGAGGAUUAUACGGAAAAAGAAAAGAAGAAAGAAAAGAAGGAAAGAAAAAGACCCCGAAAUGAUGAGGACCCAAUCAAAACAGAGGAAGCAGGAAGUGAGCAGAAGAGGCCCCACCAAGAAGAAGAAGAAGAAGUUCCUCUCCAUGUUGCAGUCAGCACGUGUAAGAUCCACGCAUUGCUUGGGAUUGGUUCCUUUGGCAAAGUGAUGUUGGCAUCUCUGCCCAACAAGAGCCAGCACGUGGCCAUAAAGGUCAUAAAGAAGUGCUGCCAGGACCAACUUAGUGAAACCCUCACUGAGGCUCACGUGCUGAAGAUGGCUGCUGGAUGCCCAUUCCUUUGUCAAGGAUAUGGAUCCUUCCAUACUCAGCGGCAUGCUGUUAUGGUCAUGGAGUACAUCAGCGGAGGGACCUUGGAUCAAAAGAUUCUGGAUUCAGGACUUCUGAAGAUGAACUCAGUAAAAUUCUACGCAGCGGAGAUGGUUUGCGCCCUGCAGUAUCUCCACUCAAAUGGGAUUAUCCAUCGAGAUUUCAAAGCAAAUAAUGUCCUAGUGACCAACAAGGGACAUAUUAAGAUUCUCGACUUUGGAAUGGCGGUUGAGGGCAUCUUUGGAGAGAAAAAAGCCAGAGGAGUAGUAGGAACAUUGCCCUACCUGGCCCCUGAGGUAAUCAGAGAUGAGGAGUAUGAUGCAGGAAUAGACUGGUGGAGCCUUGGAAUCACCAUAUAUAAGAUGGCCACCGGAUCUCAUCCAUUCGGCUUGGAAAAUUACUCCUCAAACUUCACCAACGACAUUCUGUAUAAGGAGCCCUACAUUCCAGAAUGGCUCAACAAACAACUGCAAGAUCUCCUGCGAAAGCUACUGACGAAAGAUCCUAAGAAGCGUCUUGGCCGGAAUGGGAACAUUCGGAAGCACCCAUUUUUCCGUUCCAUCAAUUGGGUGAACCUAGAAAAGCUGAAUGUACCACCCCCUUCCAAACCAAAAACAGUGCCAUCGGUGGAUUUCGGCAAGACAAUUGAAGAGCCGCUGUCGUUGUUGGAGUCUAUAAAAUACAAGAUUUCUUCAGAAUGCCUCACGCCGUCAUCCGAGUUGGAGCACCCAAGCCAUUGUUGGACAUCCAGGAAUCUCUGCCAUUGUCAGGCCCAACCAAUGGCCAUCAACUCUCCAUACCAUCCGUUUCCAUUUGGUCCUUUUGGCUUCUCCGCCCAGCCUUACACUGCAUAUUGGCCUCAUGUCGGCUUCUACCAACAGCCUUUUCCAUCAGUUCCUUAUAAUCUCCAUCCUUUCCUUGGUCCUGUUAUUAGACCUCCGCCAGUUUCAGUCUUAGUCCCAGUUUAUCAUAACCUCCCUCUUGAUGUCGUCAACACCCCUUGGCCUUUUCCAUCACACCUGCAGUAACCAUUGUCCUUUUGCUCUAUCAUUGGCCCUUAACAUCUUGAGUCUCUGGCCUUUGUCACUUUUCCCUAACGCUUAUUUUUGACCCUUCGUUGUUAAUAACACUUGUUCUUUCCAUCUGCCUCUAGCCUUUUCCAAUGGCUACUGUCUCUGUCCCAUUACAUCGGCCUUUUCCAUCACUCACUGUUUCUGCAGUGACCCAUUCAACCGCCUUUACUUCUAGCCCUUACCACCGGGUACUGUCUCUGGCCCUCACCAUCAGCCCCAACAUUGGCCCAUUCCAUUGGCCUUCACCUCUAGCCCUUAACAUUGGCUGCUGUCUCUGGCCC